AUGAAAUUAAGUUCGCUAAUACUUUUGACAUUGGCCGUGUCUACGUGCGCUCUGCCUCCACAAAAGAAGAAAGCAGAGAUCGACAAUCGGAUAUCACAAUUGCAGGAAAGGGAGAACAGACAAACCCAGAGAGAUUGUAAAUCAAAGUGUGCGUCGAGUAUAGCUCAAAAAGCGGCCGCUGAAGCUAAAGCUGCACAAGCGGCACAAAACGCAGCCGGGGCUCAAGCAGCCCACAUGGUCAAAACUCAAUUGGCUGAAAAAGCUUUACAAGCUGCUAAGGCUGCCGAGGCGGCACUCGCUGGAAAACAAGCUGUCGUAGAACAACUACAGCAAGAAGUUAAGGAAGCUGAAGCUGUUGUUGCUGAGAACACCGCUUCAGUUCAUCAACAACAAGCCGCUGUAAAUUCAGGAAUAGCCGCGGCGCAACAGUCUACUGCACAGCACAAGUUAUUAAUGCAAGCGACGCAGCUUGCAGCUGAAUUAGAAAAGGCUGCGCAUGGUCUGCUCGAGAAACUUAAGUGUAGCCUGCAGGAAAAAUGCCAUAAUCUCGCUGAAUCCCGAGCGAGACUAGCGCAUCUGCAGCACAAGUUACAGUGCGCUUGCGCAGAAUGUGCGGCCACGAAACAAGCCGCUCACUGCGCUUGUGAAGCGGCGAGAGCCGCUUGUGGAAAUGCGAGGAAAAAGAGAAAUAUUAUUAAGAGAAAUGCCCUUGUAUCUAAAAAAUCCAGGCGUGAACGAUGA